UGAAGGUGAAAAGACGCUUGUCAAACGAGUUACGCAGGUUACGCUUCGUAUUAAAAACCGGUCACCGACUCGCCAGUCGCCGGUUCGUGGCAUAAACUCAUUUGCAAUUUGGAGUUCAUAUCGAGUGGUUGAUAACAGCGAGAUUCUUUUUCUUUUCGAAAUACAGUUACUAUAAGUCACAAUGCCAGUUCCCGCAAUUCAAAAACCAGCACCAGUCUUUAAAGGCACUGCUGUCGUUAACGGCCAAUUCAAGGAUAUAUCGCUUACUGAUUACAAGGGCAAAUACGUCGUUCUAUUUUUUUACCCUCUGGACUUCACAUUCGUUUGCCCAACUGAGAUCAUUGCUUUCUCUGAUCGUGUGAAGGAAUUCCGUGAUAUCGGAUGCGAAGUCGUUGCAGCUUCCACAGAUUCGCACUUCAGUCACUUGGCAUGGGUCAACACGCCCCGCAAACAAGGAGGACUUGGAGAAAUGAGCAUUCCCCUCCUCGCCGAUAAGAGUUCGAAGAUCGCCCGGGACUACGGAGUUCUGGAUGAAGAGAGCGGCAUCCCUUUCCGAGGUCUCUUCAUCAUUGAUGAUAAGCAAAACCUGAGACAGGUUACCAUCAACGAUCUUCCAGUCGGAAGAUCUGUUGACGAAACUCUGCGUCUAGUCCAGGCGUUCCAGUAUACCGAUAAACACGGAGAAGUCUGUCCAGCUGGCUGGAAACCAGGCAAGAAAACCAUGAAGCCCGACGUCGCUGGAUCCAAAGAGUACUUUAAGGACUCCUAGAUUCCAAUUUAUUGACCAUUUCCACACGGAAUACAAACAUGAAUCAAACAUGUUUCCCUCUUCGUACAAACAAAAAAUAUAGAGGUACUUUCGUAGGCUUAGAAUCGCGUGUUGUGUACUGCGAUAUUUUUCAACAUUAUUAGACUUUUUCAUUUUCUUUUAAUAAAUGCAUUUUUUCUAA